AUGUCUAAGGUAAUGUUAACACCAUUCACAAAACUUAGGGCUAAUUUAGCAUCCGUCUUGCUUGUAAAAUACCGCGAGACUCUAGACAGAGCUCUGUCAAUUCCAGGCGAGUCCUCAACUUUUCUCCAAAAUUGUUCUGCAAAAAAUGAAAAACAUUUGGCACGUUUUUUUUGUGGGACAACUCUCUCUUUUAUCUUGUUUUCGCAAUAAUUCAGUGGUUGUUUGUUGUUGUUUUUGUUGAUUUAGCACACUUAUCAUUUUUCCAGGAAGAGAUGGGUGAAUCACACACGGCGGUCUAUGUUGUGGCGUCGAUUGGAGCCAUAUCAUUGGGGAUUUUUGGUGUUUUAUAUGCCCUGAAGAAGAAAGGAAUUGUAAAAUGUCCAUUCGAAGGUAAAAAGCAAAAGGUAUGUCUUAGCUGUCAUGUCAUUAGUGUGUUCAACUUUUAGAAGCUCAAAGGACCGAAGACGUUAGAGGAUUCGGAUACAAAAUACGCCCUGAAAUUGAUCGAGAAGCGCGAACUCAGUCACGAUACCAGAGCGUUCAGAUUUGCUCUUCCCACCGAGAAUCACGUCCUUGGACUCCCAGUUGGGCAACACGUUUAUCUUAGUGCCAGAGUCGAUGGAAAGUUGGUCGUCCGACCUUAUACACCAACUUCCAGUGAUGAUGAUCAAGGAUUUGUUGAAUUUGUGAUCAAAGUCUACUUUAAGGACCAACAUCCCAAGUUCCCCGAAGGUGGAAAGAUGUCACAACACUUGGAAUCAUUGAAAAUUGGUAAUUUGACGUUUUGUUAUUUUUGUUUGGUAAUUUAGGUAUUGGAUUCGAAGUAUAAAUUUCAGGUGACACCAUCGACUUCCGUGGACCCAAUGGACUAAUCAUUUACGAAGGAAAAGGCAAAUUCUUGGUCAGACCCGAGAAGAAGGCGCAUCCAGUCGUGAGGAAGGUCCAAAAUGUCGGAAUGAUCGCUGGUGGGACUGGUAUCACUCCGAUGCUUCAAAUAAUUACCGACAUUCUCAAGCACGAGGACGAUCCAACCAAAAUCUCGUUGCUUUUCGCCAAUCAGACCGAAGAAGACAUCCUCUUGAGGCAAGUGUAAUAUCGCCAACAUCCAAUUUUUUACCAUUCUGCUUUAGAGAUCACCUCGACAGGUUAGCAAAGGAGAACCCGGACCGAUUCAAGGUCUGGUACACUGUGGACAGACCUCCCGAGAAUUGGAAGUACUCCCAGGGCUUCAUUAACGAUCAAAUGAUUAGUCAACAUCUCCCCCCACCGGGAGAAAACACCGCGAUCUUGAUGUGCGGACCUCCGCCGAUGAUCAACUUUGCCUGUACUCCCAGUCUGGACAAGCUGGCCUAUCCACCUCACCUACGAUUUGUAUUCUAG